UGCCACUUAGAACCAUCCAAAUGGAAAUUGGUUCCUCCGAUGCUACAAAAUCUGGAAGAAUUCGAAAAAAAACCUCGAAGUUUCUUGAAAUGGAGGAAAUGGAGAUUUUUGAAAAGUUUGUGGUUGAGAGUAAAAAGAGGAAGUCGAAAGGCAGCUUAGAAGGACCAUCUUCAAAAUCAGUUACAUCUUCUCUAUCGUCACCAUCUCUCGUACUGAAACUGCCAAAACCUACAAGUGAAAUGCAUUCCAAUGAAUCAUCAGAUGAUAAAAAGUUCAUCUCGAUGAGCAUGUUGCUGCCAGAUAAUUUCUACACCGAAGACUAUAGCAAUGAUAACAAUAUAUUUACGCAGGACCACAUCGACGACAAUGAAUUUUUUGAAGAAGAGAUUGAAGUCAAUAAUGAUGAUGAUGAUAAUGACCCGGUUGAUUACAAUGAAGAUGACGAUGAGGAUGAAGAUGGGAAUGAGGAUCAGGAGGAAGAAAUAGAUGAUGAAGAAGGGGAGGAAGAAAUUGAUGUUGAGGAUGCUUUUACUCACACAAUUGUUCCCAAUUUCCAAAAUAUGGCUCCAUUAAAAAUGAAGCAAGUGAAAAGCAAACUCGUAAAAGAAGAAUCUAACAGUUCUUUUUCUGAUGCAAAUAUAUCAAAUGUCUUGUCAUCAGCUUCAUCGUCAUCAAAAAACAAACAAAAGACAGACCAAGAACAGCAGCAGCAGCAGCAUAAAAGCCAACGUUCGUACUACACUGCAUUCAAGGUCUGGUUCAUUAGUCAGAAACCAAAAGUUGCUGCCAAAAAUCCACAUCUAGAUGAAUACCACUUUGUGAAGCUCAUGAAGGAACUCUGGCAUGGAAUUGACAACAGUGAAAAACUUAAAUGGAGGAGGAAAGCCCAGAGGAUGUCAAAAUCCGGAGAGUUGUUUGAGUACAGUAGUAAAGAUUUCAUAAUUCUCCACGGUCGACAUCCGAAGAGUAGAGCCAAGCAGGCCAACAACGCAACUGCAACAUCAUCAACCACAACAACCAAACAUUUGAUCGAGCCGAUGGACGUUGCUGCCCAUCUCAAACUUCUCGGAGAGUCCUUAACCUUGAUUGGCACGCGACUCUGUGAGCAUCAGGGUACUAUAGCUGUGCAGGGAAGUUUGUCGGUUCUUUUGGAUUCGCUGCUAUGUUCACUCGGUUCACUUAUGUGCCUCACUAAUCAAAUACCCCAGCUAGAUUUGGACCUCGAGGAGUUGAACAGGGAGACAUUGGAUAACAUUGCUUAUAUAAUGCCUGGGGUUGGUUGAUCGUUGCUGGUCGCGGAAGAAUCUGAUGUGUGUGUGUAUUGUGUGUGUGUAUGUACGUUUGUUCGUAUUGACAUAUAAAAUUACAAACGUCUUCACAAUAAAAUUGAAAAAUAUGAUUAUGAUGGUGAUGACAAUAGCAAUAAUGGUGAUGACACGACUAAGUCAUACUACAAAUAAACUGAACAUUCACUUGAUUUUA